AUGACGGAGUCAGGGCGGAGGAGUGAGGAAAUAGAUUUGGGCAUCCCGUGUCUUAGUCUGAUCCAUGACUUUCACCGUUCAGUGGGUACUUCCUGCCCUCACAGUGAAAUCCAGGCAUCCUGCCUGGCAGAGAAGGUUCUGCGUGGUCCAGGCCCCACUGGAACUGCAGCCUCGUCCUCAUCCAGCUCCCUCUGCCUUUCAGCCAUUGAUGAUUAUCCAGAAUUUUUGAGUUCGCCAGACAGAGAAACCAAUCAACAUAUUCGUAUCACUUAUUCAACGGCUUUGAAAAAAGAAGGUGAGAAGUCAAGAGGUAUCAGGAAAUUUCCAUUUCAUCAUGCUAAAGCAAACAACAAAGAAGUCAAAGAAGAGAAUAAUGGCCCUGUCUUUUGGAGAUGCAAAGAUCCUAGAAGACUGAAGGAAUCCUCUCUCAGGUGCCCCCUGGACAGCAGCACGCCACCUCAGGACUUAACUCUCAGUCCCCCUGAAGACCUCAAGGAGCUGUCUCCUUGCGGCUGCUCCCAGGGAAGCUGUCAGUCCCCACCAGCUGCCAGCCGGGCUGUGGGCCAGCCAUCCUGCACAGCCAGCACAAGGGAGCCCCAGGGACUUCCCGCUCACAGCCGCUCGCUGGGUGGACUCCCUUUCCAGUGCUCUGGGAACAGAAACGAGUUUUCCUCGAGAAGUGCCCUCCUCGCCUCCCCGUCCCUGGAGAAGAAGGAGUCGGAACUGCAUCUGUACAUCAUUUCCACGACCUCGUCAAUGUUUCUGCACUUAAAAAGCUCAUGGAACAAUUAUCUGAUAAAAGCUACACUCUUACAAGACCCCGUGUAUGCCCGUGCGUUCAGGCCUGCUGGAAGGCAGAAGCCAUAUAGAUCUGAGGAGAAAAUCCGGCACUUCAGUCAACUGAAAUCUGAACUUUUUCUUAAAGACAAUACUUUGGGGAAGAUACUUGGUUUAAUCACGGAGCUGAAAGGAGCAGCCCAGAAAAACUUCAUUCUGAAGAGGCUCUUCUGGAAGACCAGCGACUUCUUCCAUUUCCUGGUGAGCAAGCUUCACGAGUACUUGCCAGAGUCCAGGGACAAGAACGCACUUCAGAAUCAGAGCCAGAGGGCUGACGAGCUGGCGGCAUGCAUUGAGAUCAUCCAGACCCUCGGGCUGAUGUUCAGAGAAGCAGAGACGGAGUCCUCGCGCCUCAGCACGCUGACAGCCAAGAGGGGAGCGCUAUUUACUCUCCUGGUCAUUCUAAUCAGCAAGCCUCAGGUCCCAAGGCCUUGUUCCGUGACUGACACCCAGGCGGUGGCUGACUCAACUUUGGCCGAAACAUCUUUGGAUGAGGAGUUACAGAGGCUUAUUCUGGAAUAUACAGACACAGCUACAACCCUUUUAUAUGAGAUUCUUCUUGUCUUUCAGCAGGGAAAUCUUGGCUUGGGAGCCACCGAGUUUGCCGUCGGCUGGGUGAUGUCCUUUCUACAAAGCUUUCCUCCCACAGUGUCUUUUGUGGCUCGUGUCGUGGCACGCAUGACCAGGGGGCUUUCGGGCCCGCGUCUGCCACUGAAUCCCUGCCAGGCCGUGCUCCUGUACCAGCAGCUCUACGCGCUCAGAAGCUGCCUGCAGCACGGCGGGGCCCUGGCAGCCAGCAUCAGGGACAACCACCGAGAGGAGUUCCGGUACUUCAUCCACGGGGCGGCCCUGGGGGAAAGGCUCCCCCGCAGCUACCCCAUCGCCCGGCCGACCACGCAGCUGCUCCUUGAGGUGGUGAGGCUGAUGGAGCAGAGGCCACGUGGAAGGCGCUGA